CGAUUCAGCGUAGGUGCAAGAGGAGUACGUGAUAUUCGUGCAGAGAAGGGGGGCUACGGGCACUCGCGAUGAGCCGAAACCGUAACGCAGCGCUGCUGCCGCCGCUGCUCCGGAACGUAACGCCAUUCGCCGUCCAGAAUCGCGUCUAUCGGCUCAAUAAACGUAAUCAGUUGACAAAGCGAACUGAGCGAGUAAGCAUGCAUAGCUUGGACGCAAAUGCGAUGCACAGCUUUGCUGGCGAUGCGUCACAGGGCCUGAUUGAGCCCUGCUUUCGGUAUACACCUGAGCAGGUGGCGAACUCCGGGGAGCAGCCGUAUGUGUCGGAUGUGGUGCUGAGCAAGGUGGAGCGGCGCGAGUUCUUCUAUGGCAUUGAGAUAACCGCCCAGAGCAACGGCAAGCUCACCUGCGUGGACUUCAACAGUUUUCUGCCCAUCUUGCCCAGCUUCAUCAGCAUCGUGUGGCUGCCGCACUAUUGGAACGUAACGCCCCUGGAGCGGGUGGAAACGCUGCAGAUGAUACGACACCUGGAGCCCUACAUACCGGCCAUGCCCCACUUCAGCGUCUACAAACAGACCAAGAAGCGCAUCAACGAAUUUCUCUCCCUAAACUUUAAGAAUCUGCUGGCAGUCAGAGGCGACAAGCGGGACGACAACCAAUUCUAUCUCUAUGGGUAUCAGCUGAUCGAGCAUGCCCGACGUGUCCGCAAGGAACAUAUAUCAAUUGCCGUUCCUGGUUAUCCGCAGGGCCAUGUGAGCUUGGAUAAAGGAAAAAUAGAUAUGGAUCAAAACAUAGCGUUCUUAAAGAUGAAGGUUGAUAAGGGAGCGGAUUUUAUAAUCACUCAGAUGUGCUACUCGGCAGAGCUGAUAAUCAAGUAUGUUCAAGCCGCUCGCGACGCCGGCAUCGUAACGCCCAUAAUGGUGGGCGUGGUGGUGCCCGAAUCUUUGGAAGCCUACAAGCUAAUGGAAAAGAUCACGAAAAUCAAGCUGCCAGCGGAAAAACUCGCCAAGCUAGAAAAAAUCGAGAAAGACGACGUCAAGGUGCGCAAAUUCUUUGUCCACUUGGCAUUAAGUACCAUUCUAAAGGUGUUGGACGCCAAGCUAGACGUGUAUGGCAUUCAGUUCUAUACGAUGAAUCGUUUUGGGGCCGUGCACGAUGUGCUUCGUAAGCUGCGCAAGCGGGGUAUACUGAAGGAAACGCCGCCAGAUGCCUGCGAAGAUGCUUAGUAGUAGUAGUAGUACAUUCGGACUAUCUAACAAAAUUUGUAGUUUCAUAUUUUUACAGAGAGAACCAACACA